GCGCGCGCGCCAGGCUUGGCGCUGUAGCUACUUCCUGAAGCUCUCUGCGAAGUCCGACCGCGACCACGACACUUUCACCACAUCAGACGCGCUCGCAAACGUCCCGACAAACUACCCAAUCGGGUCGCAUAGAUAUCUCAUACACGCUCGAGGUACUUUCUGAGCAUAAUGCCGGCGCUCCGAAGCACGAUCGAGCGCCUUGACAAGCCAAGCUCAUAUGCCACAGCAAAGAAACGCAGAAGGAACCGCGACGAUGAUGAGCGAGGUCCCACCCCCGAAGUCGACGACAAGCUGAAGGAUGCGACCACCCUCUAUGUGGGCAACCUGUCAUUCUACACAACAGAAGAGCAGAUCCACGAACUAUUCUCCAAGUGUGGCGAAAUCAAGCGCCUCGUCAUGGGCCUCGACCGCUUCCAGAAGACACCCUGUGGCUUCUGCUUCGUCGAAUAUUACACACAACAAGACGCGCUAGACUGCAUGAAGUACAUCGGCGGCACAAAACUCGACGAACGUGUCAUUCGUACCGAUCUGGACGAGGGCUUCGCCGAAGGCAGGCAGUACGGGCGAGGAAAGUCUGGAGGUCAGGUGCGCGACGAGUACCGCGACGAGUAUGACCCUGGACGAGGUGGCUACGGUAGGGUGUACGCAGAUGAGUACGACGAGCGAUAGAAGUAUGGAAGGUCAAGGAAAUACCACUGCAUGGAAGGAGUCAGGCGUCGUCCGGUCAAUCAUGAUAUUCUAGGGCUUUGUGCAAGAGCACACUCUUCGCCCGAUCUAGGUACAUUACAUCUAACAGUGCCAGUGCCAGUCUUUUG